UUGUUACCCAGGUACAUGGGCAUACGGGUGUAGCCACUUAUGUGCUUUGGUUCGGCCAUAUACUUUAAUGUAGCUUUUGUCAAGAAGAAGUGUAGGAGGAAUGCUAUUUUUGUUGAAGGAAUAUUUGGUAGCAAGAUUGGCUUAAAAAGGUGUGGCCUAAUGAAAUAUGGCCUGAGAGUACUUUCUUAGAUCAGUAAAGUGAUGGAAGUGUUCAAAUAUGUUAGGCAUUUACUUUUGCCUGAAAAAAAAAAUGACAUCCAAUUGAGGUGUGCAAUAACAAUGAGAUCUUCUGGAGACAACGAAGAUCAACACAAGUUCUUACUGAAAGAGAGUGAGGCAGACGAAGAUACUUGUCAUAAUGAUCUUUCUUACCCUAACAAUAAAGAUCAUGGUGCAGACCAUACCAUAAAGAGAUUUUCAUGGACCUGUUUCCCGGCAAAACGCUGGUUUGGUCGUCAAGAGGAACAGGUGAGAAAAGUUGCAGAACUUGAGGACUAUGAAUACUAUGUCCCAUCUCCGUUAGAUACUUUCAUAGGAUAUGCUGUUGAAGUAGCAGGUACCAUCCACGUCCUAUUUAUUGUUGUGGCGCUAUUCAUAGCUUGGAUCGUUUGGGGUUGCCUCACCAAGGGUGAAGACACUUGGCAGAUUGUCAUGCAGGACGGGCAAUCCAUUCAGACUUACGUCUGGAAUACUUUCCUCAUGAGGCAGCAGCUCGAUAAUGACGAGAGACUUUUGCUUUUGUACGGAAAGCUGAAGAGUAGGUACCUAACCCACCGGCGACUAAUACAGAAGCUGGUCGAAAGCAGAGGUAGUCCCGAUACCACUUCUUUGUGGAAAGCCAGACCGAAAGUAGAAGAAAAUGUUGACGAGAAGAAAAUAAUAGAUUUUGUCAGCAAAAGUCUUUUUGACCGAGUUUCUCAUUAUGUUGAAAAAGUAUUAGGAAGUUUACCGGCAGUAACAAUUUACUGGAUAGGUAUAUUUGUUUGGAUUGGCUGUGGUGCUUUGCCAUUGAACGAAGGCACAUCAGAAAGUCCAGAUAUGCAAAUUUAUUCAAAUACGUGGCAAAUGUAUGUCAACACAGCGACUGCUAUUGAACUUUUAAUAACUACAGUAUUUUUGGAAAAUGUCAGAAACAGAACGAAUGCUUUCAUCUUGAAGCAGACAGAAAUUUUUGAUCAGAUCGACGGUGAGUUGGAACGUCUACUGAGGGAGAUUGACGGGAACGACACUAAGAACGAACUUGUGGUUGUUCACAGAUAUCCUCGAGAUCGUGUACAACAGCUAAUCAGUUUCUAUGCUCAUGUCGUUGGUAAUGGCUUAGGUUUGAUUAUUUCAGUGUGUGUGUUUUCCACAUGGAUAGGAAUUGGAAACUUGAUGCACUGGAAUGCUAACUGGUGGUUGGUAAUUGGAACUUAUACCGGUUUGAUCGGCUUUAUUGAUGGUUUUGUACUGCGUGAAAUAUUUUACUCAAUCACACAUUACGAACAGGGUAAUUUUUUAGAGCUGCUCGACGGCUCACAAGAGUUGCUAGACUCUAUUGGAAUUCCCGUGAAAUUAGAAAGACCCAAAAUUCGGGAAACCUUGAGUAACAGAAUCUCUCUUUUGAUUAACCAGAUGUGCUCCAGCAAAUGGUCCGUUGUACUGUCUUUUGUGGUGGUGAUAGGACUCAUUAUUCUGGCAAGCGCAAUGCGAUGGUCUGAGACUGCCCAGUUGAUUGCUAACACACCUACUAUGAUCGUCGAAGGUUCCUUUUUGCUGAUUCUCAUUCAAGCGCACAAUUGGGCUUGUGAUGAGAGAAAAUUGACUCUUCUAGAGCUGAAUCGGAGUAGAGUACUACUCGUCGACUACGUUAGUAGAUACCAAGCUGUAUAAAUGAUCUAUGUAUACCAGUGAUAGCUUGAACUGUUUAAGUUUAUUUGUUUUGGCUAAUUAUCCAUGG